GAGGGAGGAAAGCAGAGUGUGGAGACGUAAGGAGGAGAAAAAGCGAGUAAACCUGACAAAGCGUCUGCAUAAAACACUGUGAGGAGUGUCGGCAAAGAGGAAGGGGACACACGCUGAUGGAUUUUAACAUAUUUUGCAUCGGACAUCUGUGUUAUUGUACUUCCUAAUCCCACGUCCACCCUCGUACUGAUUUUCUUUUGAGUUGACAAGUGCACAGCUGGAUUGUUGUUGCGCCCUGGCAGAAGAAACUUGGUGACGAGGAGGAAAGUUUCGGGGCUACUUGACUGUGCCUUUUUUUUAAACAACUCCCCCACUUCCACGGAUAAAACGUAGGAUUUCUUUGCAUGGCAGCGCAGUACUCUGCAAAUCAGGGUUGGAAUAUAUUCAGCGAUUUGAUCUGAGAGUGGAUUAGUGAACGGCAGACAGAUUUUCUUUUCGGAGCGUUGAGGAGUUGGGAGACAUUCCUCCGUUUGGAUUGAGCCCAUGUUCUGUCCUCCCUUUAUCCGAGCGUGCCAAAACAGAGCUCCACGAUUUUACUCCACUCUGCCCAGGUGAUCGGGUGAAUUCCAGUGCCUGACAGUCCAACCCGGCAGCAGUUGAUGAUUGGGUGGACCCCCUCAGAUGGGAUCAGUGUCCAGGGGGCAGUGGAGACGGGGGGUAUGGGGAGCACUGGCCACCUCUAACGGGAUGGCCUCGUGGGCCUGGCUGCUCGCUGCCGUCCUGCUGUCCUUGUUGACUGUCAGCGUGGCCCGGCCACCCCUAACCGCCACCAAGGAAGAGGAGCCCACUCUGGAACCUGAAGACGCAUCCAACAAAUACCAAAUUUCUAAGCCCACGGUGUGCUCUGUGCACCCGGGGGAGGUGUUGAAGCUGAGCUGCCCUCUGCCGGCAACGGGGACCAUCACCUGGACCAAAGAUGGCAGCUCUCUGGGCACCAACAACCGCACACUGAUAGAGCAGGAGGUGCUGCAGAUCCGUGAUGCCACACCCAAGGAUUCGGGGUUGUAUGCCUGCACCAGUGUGGGCAAAGACACGGUCUGCUUCAUAGUCAAUGUCACAGAUGCCAUCUCGUCGGGGGAUGAUGAGGAUGAUACAGAGCGAACAGAAGACACAGGGGCGGACGGAAAACAGCUAAGCGCCCCAUACUGGACCUCGGCUGCAAAGAUGGAGAAGAAGCUGCAUGCAGUGCCAGCUGCCAACACAGUCAAGUUCCGCUGUGCUGCAGGAGGCAACCCCCGGCCCCAGCUGCACUGGCUUAAAAACAGCAGGCCCUUCCACCAAGAGGACCGCAUGGGAGGUUAUAAGGUCCGAAGUCAGCACUGGACCCUUAUUAUGGAAAGUGUGGUUCCAUCGGAUAAAGGCAACUACACCUGCUUGGUGGAGAAUGAGUUUGGAUCCAUCAGCCACACCUACACCCUGGAUGUUGUUGAGCGGUCUCCUCACCGGCCCAUUCUCCAAGCCGGCCUGCCCGCCAACACGUCCGUCUAUGUUGGAGAAGACGCCCGCUUUGUCUGCAAAGUGUACAGCGACGCCCAACCUCACAUUCAGUGGCUGAAGCACAUCACUCAGAACGGCAGUCGCUAUGGUCCCGAUGGGAACCCUUAUGUCAAAGUGCUAAAGACCGCGGGUGUAAACACCACAGAUAAGGAGAUAGAAGUUCUCUACUUGCCCAAUGUAACAUUUGAACAUGCUGGGGAGUAUACGUGCUUGGCGGGUAAUUCUAUUGGGCUCUCCUAUCACACUGCUUGGUUGACGGUUCUUCCAGCUGCAGAGAAAAACAUGGAGCCCCUUUCUCCCGAUUAUGUGGAGAUCGCAAUUUACUGCGCAGGUGUCUUCCUCAUCGCCUGCAUGGUGGGCAUCGUGGUGGUGUGCCGCAUGAGGAACACGGCCAAAAAGCCGGACUUUAGUGGCCAACCCGCAGUUCACAAACUAAGCAAACAGAUCCCACUGCGCCGCCAGGUAACAGUGUCGGCUGACUCCAGUGCUUCCAUGAACUCAAACACGCCACUCGUACGCAUCACCACACGGCGCAGUUCUGCGCACGAUGACCCAAUCCCUGAGUAUGACCUUCCUGAGGAUCCGCGGUGGGAGUUUGUCAGAGACAGGUUGACUCUGGGCAAACCACUCGGAGAGGGCUGCUUCGGCCAAGUUGUCAUGGCAGAAGCUCUCGGCAUUGAUAAAGACAAACCCAAAGAGGCCUUAACUGUCGCUGUCAAGAUGCUGAAAGAUGACGCCACCGAAAAGGACCUGUCUGACCUGGUGUCAGAGAUGGAAAUGAUGAAGAUGAUCGGUAAACAUAAGAACAUCAUCAAUCUGUUGGGGGCCUGCACACAAGAUGGCCCCCUGUAUGUGAUCGUGGAGUACGCCUCCAAAGGUAACCUUCGGGAGUACCUCCGAGCCCGCCGACCUCCUGGAAUGGAGUAUUCCUACGACAUUGCCCGUGUCUCUGACGAACAGCUCACUUUCAAAGAUCUGGUCUCUUGCACUUAUCAAGUGGCACGGGGCAUGGAGUACCUUGCAUCCCAAAAGUGUAUACACAGAGACCUGGCAGCCAGGAAUGUCCUGGUCACAGAAAGCAACGUCAUGAAGAUCGCUGACUUUGGUUUGGCCCGUGAUGUCCAUAACAUCGACUACUAUAAAAAGACAACCAAUGGCCGCCUUCCUGUAAAGUGGAUGGCUCCCGAAGCGCUUUUUGACCGGGUCUACACUCACCAGAGUGAUGUGUGGUCAUUUGGGGUGCUUAUGUGGGAGAUCUUCACCCUUGGGGGCUCCCCAUACCCCGGCAUCCCCGUGGAAGAGCUCUUCAAGCUGCUCAAAGAGGGCCAUCGCAUGGACAAGCCUGGCAACUGCACAAAUGAGCUCUAUAUGAUGAUGAAAGACUGCUGGCACGCCAUCUCAUCCCAUAGACCAACCUUCAAGCAGCUUGUCGAGGAUCUGGAUCGCAUUCUCACACUCAACACCAAUGAGGAAUAUCUGGACCUGUGCACCCCCGCAGAACAGUAUUCUCCAAUCUUCCCAGACACUCGCAGCUCCUGUUCCUCCGGCGAUGACUCCGUGUUCUCACACGAGUCCUUACCGGAUGAGCCGUGUCUCCCGAAGUACCAGCACAUCAACGGCAACGUCAAAACAUGAGCUCCGCCCUGCACUCUUUACUGGAAAGCCCAAAUCACACUCAGCAGAGACACCUACCCUAAAAUGUUCCCAGUUUCCCGGCCCGUUCCUUUUUUUGUCCACCAUUCGGCUGACUUAUGGACCCCUUUGGGAUCUGGCGGGCAGCAGCGCUGUUGCACUGCCA